CUACUUCGGUGUUAUUAUAGUGUUAGUGUAGCCUCGUUUGCUAAUAUAAGAUUUGCCUACUAACAGUAGAUUAGCGCACUGCUAGUUAACCUUAGCUGCUUCCUGUCCAGGCAAGCUAGCUGGUUUGUAGGCUUGCAAAAAAGGACAUACAUUUCUUUAAACCUACAUCCAUUCUACAAAAUAUAUUCAUAGCAUUGAUGUUGUGUGGCUACCAGGCAUUUGUCCGACCUACAUUAGCUGUCAUACUUUGUAAGCUAACGUUAAUUUAGCUGGCUACAUUAUAAUGGUCGGCCAAUUAGCCAUCUAACCAGCUGUCGUUGGUUUAACAUUUUUUUUUAAGUAUCAUUCGCUGGGGUAUCUAAUUUAGGAUAAUUUUACUUUUUUUAAGCAGACCAGCCAAUUUGGAUACGUAAAAAUUGUCUGGAAGGCAUUUUAUUGGCAAGGCGUCAUUGGGUGAAAUAUUUGCAGUGGGUGUGUCCUCAUGUGUCAACACUGAGUCAUUAGCCUACACUGUUAGGUUUCCGUUAUUCUUGAGAUUGCCAUAUGCUUUCCAUUAUGGGUUGACAAAUUCAAUUAAAUUGAUUUAAUUAAAGAUGUUUCUGGCCAAAAGACUCAUUGGUGGCAUUCUUGAUGUUGUAAGCAAUAUUGAUCCAGCUGCUUUUGUGCCCUCUGACCCACCUGCACCACGAAGGCCACUUGCAUAUGCAGAGCAGAGUGAGAGUGAUGAGGAAAGACAGUUUCGCAAAGUCUUCCAGCAGUUGGCUGGAGAUGACAUGGAGGUGAGUCCCAUCGAACUGAUGAACAUCCUGAAUAGAAUUAUUUCCAAACAUGGUGACUUAAAGACAGACUGGUUUAGCUUAGAGUCCUGCAGGAGCAUGGUGGCAGUCAUGGAUGUAUCCUUCCUGUCAUGGAUUGACAGCACUGGAAAGCUUGGAUUUCAUGAGUUCAAACACCUUUGGAACAAUAUCAAGAAAUGGCAGGGUGUGUAUAAGACUUAUGACACUGAUGGCUCUGGGGUUAUUGGUGCAGAUGAGCUUCCCAACGCUUUCAGCGUUGCAGGCUUCCGCCUCAACGACCAGUUGUUCCAGAUGAUCAUCCGCAGAUACAGCGAAGAGAAUGGGGACCUGGACUUUGACAAUUACAUUGGCUGUCUUGUGAGACUGGAUGCUAUGUGUCGUGCCUUCAACACCUUAGACAAGGAUAACGAUGGAACCAUCAAGGUCAACAUUCAAGAGUGGCUCCAGUUGACCAUGUAUUCCUGAGCUUAGGACAUGCCUACAGGUGUUUACAAAACCACUCCAUUUCUAUCUACUUGAUGCUGUGCUUUAGACCACUCCAUGGACCCCCUGUGCCAGUCCCCCAGUGUAUGCAGGUUUCCAUACAUUAUUUGCAACCUACACAAUGUGAAUACAGCUUUUUCAUACAACAAAGGGGGAGUUGUAGACUAACGUGGGAACUAAAACCUGCACACACAGUGGUUCUAUGGGCUGACACUGAGAACCUCUGGGCCACUCGAUGCUGGUCUUGCAUUCAACCAAGAGUAUCUGCUUGUUUUCCUUUUGAAUUGAAGAAAAGACAGCAUUCACCUUUGUAGAGGUUCUUUCCAAUAGCUCUCAAAAGGUAAUCAUUUACCAAUCAUUUUUAAGCCAGUUCUGAAAGUCUAUAACUAUGACAUACAUGGUGUCGCUACACAUAAUUGGUAACUGUUGCCAUAAGUCACUGAAAUGACCUGUGUAAUUUUGUAUGGAAUUAAAGUAAUCCUAACAAUGUA